AUGCCUUCAAUCUCUUCAUUCUCGUGUUUUGUGGCGGUUGUGUUGCUAAUGAUUGGAGAUGUUAAUUGCGAUCUAGUUGGGCAUGGCAGGCAUGAGCUGGAUGGAGAGGAGAUCACAACCUUGAGGAACAACACAAAGAUGGCUGAAAGCGAGACAGACCUUGAACUUUACAAUAAAAUGGAGGGGGCGUGCAAUGUUACUAUGGACGGGGAUGGAAAUAUCUUGCUUUGGUAUGACGAGAAAUUAAAGGAUAAUGGAUGCUCGCUGGAUUUGGUCACAAAGAAUGAUAGUGUUUUUAACUUGACAUUUUCCAUUUCGGACAGCAAUUUAUUAAGAUGCCUUACUGAUUUUUCUCUUGACAAUAUGAUGUUUUUCACCUUUAGUCUGAAAAAUGAUGAAUUUGAAAAGCUCAAAAAAGAUGGACAUAAUGGCAAAAACUGUUAUGAAUCUCUAAAUGAAGGUUAUAAGUUGUUAUGCAAAAACGUCAAAUGUUUGGAGGUAUAUGACUACGCUGUUGGGUGGGAUACAAAGAGUUCUAGGCUGCAUUUAAUUGGUGAUCCUUUUGAUAGACUUCUAGAAAGCACAGAAUCUUACUCAAGUUCGUCAUCUUCAAUAUUAUUCGGAAGCAUAAAGGAUUAUACAUUGAAUAAAAGAGAUGAAUUUCGCCCAAUGUGCUCUGUUAAGGACACUAGGCGCGAACCAAAAGGAUGGAAAAUUGUUGACAAUAAUUACUACAAAGAAACAGAAUUCAAAUAUCUUUUUACUUUUCACAUUCUGCCAGUAACUAAAAUGCGUGAUAAGAUGGAGGACGUAUUUUGUAAAAAAGAUUACGCAAUUGACUGCAGUGGAAAUGAUAAAAUGCAAAAAUGUGCAAAGAUGUUUAUGAAAUUUGGAAAGGACCACUACAAAGUACUUGUCCCAUAUAUUCCAACAACUACAGUAAAUACUUCAACUACCCAGAAAUUCAUUUCCACAACAACAACAAAUAUAGUCACAACGUCUUUUGGAUGGAAUACUACAAAAACAACAAAUUAUUCCUCAACAACUUUAACGACUAAACAAACAUCUAAAACUAAGGAAAAUUUAAUUAAAUUUAUUAUUGGGUUUUGCCUCAUAUUGUGA